AUGGCGGUGCACAACGCAAAGCCUAUACUAGGCUGGCUACUGCUGGCCUACGCCGUCGCUGCUGCAUUCGUCUUUGCCUCCAACUUUCUCACCAACAGCUUUCACAACGCCCUUUCACCAAUCUGCCGACUACCAUUUACCUCUCACCUCUCCUUUUGUCCGGAACAACCUCCCAUCCAAGCCCACGCCCGAGGCGCUGCCGAAUUCGACAAGCUCGUCCACGCACAAGAUGCCUUCCAAGACGUCCUCGCCGGGACCGCCGCGGGGGUCAACCUCCCGCUCGACAUGAAACGCAGCGAAGCCGGGAUCCGCGACCUCAAGCACGUGGUGCAAUACUCGAAGCUGGACUCCCGCAACGAGCUCGUCUUCGAAUUCACCGGCUUCAUCGACACCGCGCGCCAAGCCUCCUCGGACCUCAGCCGCUUCAACUCGCGGAUCGGGCGCGCCGUCGACCACAUCCUCUCCACCAACCGCUGGACCCUCAGCGUCAUCGACGGCGUCCACAACGCGGAAGCCUCCCAGGGCAGCCUCUCCCGGUGGAUCUCCACCCAUCUCGACCCCUUCGCGGCCCUCAAGCCGCUUCCCCUCUCCCGCGACGUGCUCCUCGACCAAUACCUCCGGCACACGGCCGCGGUCGAAGAUCAAAUCCUCAGCCUCAUCUCCGAAGCGCACGCGCUCCGCAGCAUCCUUGACAACCUCGACUCCCGGCUCGACGUGAUCGCGUCGAUCGCGACGCGCGACGGCGUCAAGCUCGCGCAGAACACCGACGAGCUCUUCGCCAGCCUGUGGACCAAACUCGGCGGGAACCGGGCCAGCGUGGCGAAACUCAGCGCGCAGCUCGCGCUGCUCGACGACGUCGGUCGCUACCGCCGCCUCGCCUGGGGCCACGUCACGGGCACCCUGGUCAAACUCCAGGCCAUCCAGCACAGCCUGGAGGACCUCCGCGAGCGCGUCGCCAUGCCGGAGACGCUGGGCGUCGAAUACGUGCCCCUGGAGGUGCACAUCCGGAGUAUUAACCUGGGCAUCGAACGGCUGGAGGGCCAGAGGGAUGAGAGUCGGAGGGUGGAGAGGGAGGCUUAUGACAGGGUUGUCAGAAGGGGGGAGGAGGGCGCUGAUCGGCUCGACGGUGGGAGCGGUGGUGCUGCGCAGGAGGGGAGGAUGAUCGGAGGGAAGGGGGAGCUGUGA